AUGAAUUUUUUGGCAUAUGAUGGUUGUAUACAUCGAUUUCAAAUAAAUGAGAAUGGUUAUGUUCAAAUCGAUAUAAUCGGAUAUGAUAGCAAUGUGGAAAGAUUUAUAAAUGUCAUUGAAAAGCCAUUAAUACCAUCAAUGACAAUGAAAUUUAAUAAAUGUACGAUUGUUGGUUCAUGCUUGAUUGAUAAAGGUCUACUUGUUCUUUUACAUCUUAUUACAUUUAAUAGUUCAGUUUUAAUGUUUCUUCUUUUACAAUCACGUCCAUGGCUAUGUCAUAUAGUUUAUACAUUAUCAAUGCCAUCAUCAAUUCAUGAUUCAAUGAGAUUUCUUUCAAUAAAUUCAUUAUUGAGUAUAUUUAUAAAUGAAGGAACAAAUCAAAAUGGAUUUUAUAUAAUUGAUAAUACAAGAGAAAAUUUUGGAAGAAAUAUUGAAUUCAUUCAAUGUUCACUUUUAACAUAUAUUUAUUGUCAUUUACAAGAGAAUUACUAUUGGCUAAUGGGCACUGAAAUUGAUAUAAAAACGAAGCGAACAUUGAUUCAAGUCUACUAUAGUUGUUUAAAUCGUUUGUCCAGUCCACUUGUUUCAUUUAGUAUCAAUAAAUUUAUUCCUAUAUCACUUGUUGAUAAUAUUCAAGACAUAAAUAUUUUAAAUCAUAAAAUUCAACUAAAAACGCGUUUAAUUCUGGGCGAUGUUAUUAUAUCAAGCAGAGAUCAUCGAAUAUUUUCAUGUCAUAACGGUACAAUAUAUCAUGAAAUUUCAAUGAAUAAUUUAAUCACGUCUAUUUCAACAUAUUAUACAAUCGAAAACGAACAAUUAUUUCUUUUUAUAAAGGCAGACAUUCAAACUGUUGAAAUAUUUCAAUAUGAUGAAAAUUUUCAGUUAAUUCCAUACACCAACACUAAUGAAACAGCUGAUCAUAUUCUUAUUGAUGAUUUUAGUCAAACUGAAGAAAAACUUCUAUCCACUGAAAUGGAUGAUGCUGACGUUCAAUCUAGUCUUGCUCUUGCACAACAUAUUCUCCGAAAGAAAAUUGUUAAUGCGGAUUUUAUUGUUCAUGAAGGAUAUUUUCAAUGUAGACAAAUUGAAAGUGAUAUUCAAAAGAUAAGUAACAAAUAUUACGUUACAGAUCUGAGUAUAAAUCCACAAACAGAAAGUUUGAUUCAAAAUUCAAAUAUUUCAACAACAGUCCCUCAACUGAACGAUAUAAAUUGGUUUAUUUAUCGAACUAAUUUAUUUCUAUAUGUAAAGGCUCAAAAUAUUACGAAUACAAUCGUACCAUCAUCAGUAUAUCUAUUUGCUGUUGAUAAAAAUAGAAAUAAAACGAAAUUAUUCAAUUUAAAAACUAGUUUUCAAUCAUUAUUAAAUGAACAAAUGAACUUUAACUCAAAUUCUAGUUCAUCUCUAACAUUUAUUUUAACAACACUAAUUGAAUUGGAUCGAGAUAUUGAUUUAGAACUUUAUUUAUUGACUAAUGAUAAUAAUAAUGAUAACAAAAUUUUUCGUAUUGGCUCAGUGAACAUAUCAAUGGAUGAUCUUAUUAAACCGAAUAAUGAACGAAUAUUAAAAUUGAAUGCAUUAGAAACUGAAUCAAGGAAUAGUUUAGUAUAUCAGCAAGCAUUUAUUUAUUUGAAUACAUUAUUUCGUUUGGAAAUGAAUUUACAAUCAACAAUAAAAAUUCAUCUUAUUGAACAUUUUAGACAAUUGUUAUCAAAUCUUGGAUUUAAUUCUAUUAUUCAUGUACCAAAUGUUUAUAUACGUAUUAAUAAAGGAAAUAUUUUUGAACAUGUAGUUAUUCAUCUUAUAAAUGAAGAUGACUUCAUUGCAGAAGACUUGAUUGUACAUUUCUAUGCUGAAAAUUCUUCUGAAGCUAUGAUGAUUGCAAAAUAUAUGCUAUCUAAACUUGAUGUUCAAUCGUUUUCAUUAAUCAAUAGUGCUUUAAAUUCGUCAUAUCAAGAAGAAAAUAAAAAAAUUCUAAAUUCUAUUCGAACAGAAUUAAGAUCUUAUAUGAGUAUGUUAACACAAAUUCCAACAAUCAUGCGUAAACUGGCUCCUACAUCGAAAUCAGAAUCAUAUCGAUUAUUGAAAGAAGAAAAUUUUCAAUCGUUUCAAAAUGAACGUCAUAUCACCGAUUUAUUAUUAGCAUCAUUAAUUACAGACUAA